AUGCCCUCCCACUCCCACCUGACUCGACAGGUCUUCCGGAGACUGCUCGCGAACGAGCCGAUAACAGCCAGAGGAUGUCUCAGGAGACGACAAUACCAUGUGCAAGCCAUACAAACAAGACCAUCAGCUCAAGCCAGACGGCACGAUGGCGUACAAUUAUCCAAGAGCGUCGACCGAAGACGAAGCUUCUUUCAGAUGUUCGGUUUGAAACCUAAGAAAGAGGCCAGAGAAGCCGACAUGGAUCCCGGGCUGGAUGUCAUGAUGGACUUGGAGAGGCGGACGAGAUUGAGAGCACGUUUACCGUCCAAAGAGAGCGUUGCGACGGCGUUCGAGGCCUUCUUCAAGUCGAAAUACAACGAUCAUGGAAGCAAAGUGGAGGACAAUCAAGCUCGCCUCGCAUUGCAGAGCUUGAAGUACUGCUUGGAACCGGAAGUACUGAACGAUCCAACUACCGAGACUAUCGCGCAUAGCGAGGCUGUGCUCACAGCAUGCAUCUGCCUUAACAAGAGAUAUCCCGUGUCCAUCACCAGUGACCAUCUAGAACUGGCUCGGAGCUUGCACGAUUUGAUGGCAGAUCAAGCUCCCAAGAGGGCUGCUGCAGCUGUAAAAUCAUACAUCAGGAUGCUGUGUGCGCUUGGACAGCCCACGGAGGCGCGUGAAGUGCUAUUGUUACAUGAGCAACGCCCUCAAAUUUCGCCUCAAGCUAAGGAUCCGGAAGGCCACCUCCCUCCGUCAUCAGCAGAUGGUGCACAGUACGGCGCCCUACCAGCAUCGUGGGGCCAGAUCCUCCUGGCUUUCUGCGCCACGGGUGCACAACAUGAAGUCACGACGACGCUCGACAUGGUACGUGAACGAGAUCUGUUGGCGACGACCGCGAUCACCAGGGCAAUGCUGAAAGUGUCUUUGAGCUCCGACAAGAUCGAAGAGAUUGAGCGCUGGUGGCGUGCUCAUCAUACCGUCGUCAAAGGUAACAAGGCCAUUCCGCUGUCGAGCAGGGGCAUGAGCUUUAUCGCUUCGUAUGCAAGGACGGUCGGUCUAGCUUUGGCAUGGUGCGUUUUUAAUAGUGCGAACGAUCUUGGUCGUAGCAUCGUGAGUGAUCUGAUGGAAGAGAAUCCGCCAAAGCCUGUGUGGGAUGCUAUCUUCGUGUGGGCUGCUGGGACGGGCAAGAGUGUUGAUGAGAUUGGGCGGAUGAUUGAGGUGAUGGAGGAGUCGAACGAUUCGGGUUUGGAGGUCGAAGACCAUCGUCUGCCUAAUAGCGCUACCAUCAACGCUUUGGUGGCGUGGGCUAUUUCCAAGGACGACCCGUAUACUGCCGAGCGCUUCAUUGCGCUUGGUAGAGAUCGAGGUAUUGAGCCUGAUGCAAAGACUUUCGUGCUGCAGAUGGAGUAUCGAUUGCACGUUAACGACAUUGACGGAGCUUUGACGGCAUACAAGAAUCUACAAGCUACAGACCUUUCGUCGGACGAGGAUGUCCUGGUAGUCAACAACCUCAUCACCGCCCUCUGCUCUAGCCCUCGCCACGACUUCGACACAAUAAUGAACGUGGCAGCUGACCUCUCAGACCGACGAGCACGUUUCGCACCAGAGACAGUGGCCAAAUUAAGUCUACUGCAUCUGAACCGCGACGAAAUCCACGACGUAACCGACCUCCUAAACACCCACGCCUACCACUACUCCUCCGUGGAAAAGACUCGCGUGCGAGAACCCCUCCUAGCAUACUGUCUCGCCCCCACGACUCCCAUAGCCCGGUCCUGGGACACCUACACCACCAUCCGCGAAGUCUUCGACGAACUAGACCGGGAGGCAAGAACGAACCUCAUGACCAAUUUCUUCCAGCGCGACAGGCCGGAUAUGGCCGUCCACGUCUUCAACCACAUGCGUUCACAUUCUCGUGCCGAUACCAUGCCGACGAGCGAUACGUACGUGACUGCUUUCAUCGGCACGGCGAAGAGGCGGGAUUUGGAGAGUCUGGAGGUAGUGCAUAAUCAGCUCAAACUGGAUUUCAAUAUCACGCUCAAUACUAGGUUGAGGAAUGCGCUGAUUAUUGGUUAUACCUCCUGCGGACGACCGCGGGCGGCAUUGACGUUUUGGGAUGAUAUUGUGGCUAGUAGGGAGGGGCCGACGUAUAAUAGCAUUCAUAUCGCUCUACGCGCGUGCGAGAAAGCGCAGUUCGGGGAUAUCAAAGCGCAGGAGAUCUGGACGAGAUUACGGAAGAUGAAUAUCGAGCUGGAUAAUGCGCUAUGGGCGAGUUAUGUGGGUGCGCUGGCGGGGAAUGGGAACGUGGAACUUGCUGUUCGGACGCUGGAGAAGGCGGAGAGGGAGGGGGAGCUGGAGGUCGAUGGGUUUGUGGUUGGGAGUUUGUUUAUGGGGACGCCGGGGGCGGAGGGGCAGAGGGAGGUGGAGGGGUGGGCUAGGAGGGAGUUUGGGGGGGCUUGGGAGGAGUUGGAGGGGAUGGGGGUGGAGGAGAUGGAGGAUGAGACGAGGGUGUUUGGGAUUGAUCGGAGUGUUACGCCUUGA